ACUUCUGCGCUUUCCCUGAAAGUGGAGCAUUAGCAACUGCAGUCAAAACGCACCGUUGCUUCUUCAGUUCUGAUCCGAGCAGCAACUGUCUAAAUCUGUCUGGAGGAGCUGGGAGACAGCACUGGAGGCAAGUUUGAAAAGGACCUAGUGACACCCUGCUGUCACAUCUGGUUUCGUGGACCUACUUAUUAGUAGUCCAUUUAAAAUCACUUUCCUAGUCCCAUCUGUAGUGCACCUUCUUGAGAAGUGGCUGGCUGGCAAGGAAGGAACACACUGCUGAAGGCCCCAGCUGCUGUUAAGUCUGGCAUGAAAAUAUUACUGACACAUUGGACACUGUAGUCCUCCAGACAACAUUAAUCUAUUGAUGAUUCUGAAGUGAAGAUGUGAUUGAUGCUGUACCUGAAACUGGUGACAUAGGAAGUUGCCUGAAUUUUCAGAGGAUUUUGCAAACAUCCUUCUGGCUUUAUUAAGGAUGGAUAUAUUUCUUUGUUUGGAAAUUAAGAUGUUCUCUGCUUCUGGGAUAUGGUGAAAAUCUGUAAUUAAGGACACUGGUAAUAAUAUAUGGAUUCUGUUGGAGACAGAGUGUCAUACAAGUAUUGGAUGAAAUAUUUACCUAGCAAAUAGCCUUGCUGAUUGAGUGUCUCAGCCCAGACAAUGGGCCCCUGCCUCCAGGAGUGUGCGACUGAAAUAAAUCCACUGACUUGAGCAGCCACGCUCCAUCGUGACCGGGAGCCGAAGCAGGUUUCUGACACACAAACUUCCAUGGAGUGUAAGCCAGGGGACAACAUACAGACAAUGAUCUCCUUCCAGGCAAGAUAAAGGAUUUGGAGGAAUUGAUGUAGGAAGGAAGAUUAAAAGAACUCUCUGUGAAGUGAUUCCAGUUCUGUUGGGACCUUUCAGUGAGGAUGGCUGGACCACUGCAGUGGCGCACUGAUUUUUGCGGAUGGUGAUCACAAAAAGGGAAUUGAGAAGAGACCACUCGAGUUAUUCUGACACAUGACUUCAGUGUUUUCUAUUCUUAGACAGAUGAGGAUCUGAAAUAUGUAGACUGAGAAUAACACAUCUAGGUUAAAACAGUAUCCUGCAAGAAGCAUUUGAUGGAUUGUUCCUAGAUAUUUCUAAAGCAACUACCAAAAGUUAUUCCAGUCUGACUGCCACACAGACGUCAUUAUUUUAAUGUUGAAUACUCAGACAAGGGUGCCAUGGAUGUAAAAGAAAGGAAGCCGUAUCGAUCUCUGACUCGGCGCCGCGACACUGAGCGCCGCUACACCAGCUCUUCAGCCGAGAGUGAGGACAGCAAGGCACCCCAGAAGUCCUACAGCUCCAGCGAGACCCUGAAGGCUUAUGACCAAGACUCCAGGCUGACCUACAGCAAUCGGGUCAAAGACAUGGUGCACCAGGAGGCUGAUGAAUUCUGCCGAGCAGGAGCCAACUUCUCUUUGCGAGAGCUGGGACUUGAAGAUGUGACACCCACACACGGGGCUUUGUACCGGACCGACAUCGGGCUGCCUCACUGCGGCUACUCCAUCAGCGCCGGCUCGGAUGCUGACACGGAAGCAGAUGUGGUCAUGUCACCCGAGCACCCAGUGAGGCUCUGGGGACGCAACACCAAGUCUGGGCGCAGCUCCUGCUUGUCAAGCCGGGCCAACUCCAACCUCACCCUCACCGACACGGAGCAUGAGAAUACUGAAACUGGUCCCCCCCUGCCCUGUUCGUCCGCCUCCUCCACCCCCCGCUCGCAGUCCCCCUCCCCUCUCCCCUCGCCGCCGGCCAAUGAGGGCCCGGGGCGGUCGCUGGGCGACGGCGCGGCCCGGGCGGCCGCGGGCUCGGACUCUGAGGAAGAGUUUGUCCCUCAGUCAUUCUUAGUUCAAAGUGGCUCUGGAAACCUCUGUGCCGCCGCCAACGAUCAUCCUCCAAAUAUUCAAAAUCAUUCAAGACUUCGAACUCCACCACCUCCAAUAUCACAUGCUCACACCCCAAAUCAGCAUCACGCAGCCUCCAUCAAUUCCCUGAACAGAGGGAACUUCACUCCACGCAGCAACCCCAGCCCAGCUCCUACGGACCACUCUCUCUCUGGAGAACAACCAGCUACUACUCAAGAGCCAGCCCAUGCUCAGGACAACUGGUUACUCAACAGUAACAUCCCACUGGAGACAAGAAACAUAGCAAAGCAGACAUUCCUAGAGACAUUGCAGGACAACCUCAUUGAGAUGGACAUUCUCACCUCCUCCCGACAUGACGGUGCUUACAAUGAUGGGCACUUCCUAUUCAAACCUGGAGGCACUUCUCCCCUUUUUUGUACAACGUCGCCGGGAUAUCCCCUGACGUCCAGCACUGUGUACUCGCCUCCCCCUAGGCCCCUUCCUAGAAGUACCUUUUCUAGGCCUGCCUUUAACCUGAAGAAACCCUAUAAGUACUGUAACUGGAAAUGUGCUGCUCUGAGUGCCAUUGUCAUCUCAGUCACGCUGGUGAUCCUGCUGGCCUAUUUCAUAGCCAUGCACCUGUUUGGCCUAAACUGGCACCUGCAGCCGAUGGAAGGGCAGAUGUAUGAGAUCACGGAAGACACAGCCAGCAGUUGGCCAGUGCCAACGGACGUCUCCUUAUAUCCUUCGGGGGGCACAGGGUUAGAGUUACCUGACAGGAAAGGCAAAGGAGCCAGUGAAGGAAAGCCCAGUAGUUUCUUUCCAGACGACAGUUUUAUAGACUCCGGAGAAAUUGAUGUAGGCAGACGAGCCACACAGAAGAUCCCUCCUGGUAUCUUUUGGAGAUCUCAGGUGUUCAUCGACCACCCAGUGCAUCUGAAAUUCAAUGUAUCUUUAGGAAAGGCUGCUCUUGUUGGCAUCUAUGGCAGAAAAGGACUCCCACCAUCACACACACAGUUUGACUUUGUCGAGCUCCUUGAUGGAAGGCGUCUACUGACCCAGGAGGCGAGAAGCUUGGAAGGACCUCAGCGGCAGCACAGAGCUUUUGUGCCCUUGGCCAGCCACGAGACAGGAUUUAUCCAGUAUUUAGAUUCAGGAAUAUGGCAUUUAGCCUUCUACAAUGACGGCAAGGAAUCGGAAGUGGUUUCUUUUCUUACUACUGCUAUUGAAUCAGUGGAUAACUGUCCCAGUAACUGCUAUGGAAAUGGAGACUGCGUGUCUGGGACUUGCCAUUGCUUCCUUGGCUUUCUGGGCCCUGACUGUGGCAGAGCAUCCUGCCCAGUGCUAUGCAGUGGAAAUGGGCAGUACAUGAAAGGAAGGUGCUUGUGUCACAGUGGCUGGAAGGGAGCAGAGUGUGAUGUCCCAACCAACCAGUGCAUUGAUGUCUCCUGCAAUAACCAUGGCACCUGCAUCAUGGGCACCUGUAUCUGCAACCCGGGAUACAAAGGCGAGAGCUGUGAAGAAGUGGACUGCAUGGAUCCUACCUGCUCGGGACGAGGCGUGUGUGUCCGAGGAGAAUGUCACUGUUCAGUUGGCUGGGGAGGACCAAAUUGUGAGACCCCAAGAGCCACUUGUCUGGAUCAGUGCUCUGGUCAUGGGACCUUCCUCCCGGAUACUGGACUCUGCAGCUGCGAUCCCAACUGGACUGGCCACGACUGCUCAAUCGAGAUUUGUGCAGCGGACUGCGGAGGACACGGCAUUUGUGUUGGAGGCACCUGCCGCUGCGAGGACGGCUGGAUGGGCACAGCCUGUGAUCAGCGAGCGUGUCACCCACGCUGCAAUGAGCACGGGACCUGCCGGGAUGGCAAGUGUGAAUGCAGCCCGGGCUGGAAUGGAGAGCACUGCACUAUUGCUCACUAUCUGGAUAAGGUAGUGAAAGAGGGAUGCCCUGGCUUGUGCAAUGGCAAUGGCAGAUGCACUCUGGACAUGAACGGCUGGCACUGCGUCUGCCAGCUGGGCUGGAGAGGAGCAGGCUGUGACACUUCCAUGGAGACGGCAUGCGGCGAUGGGAAAGACAACGAUGGAGAUGGCCUGGUGGAUUGCAUGGACCCAGACUGCUGCUUGCAGCCACUGUGCCACGUUAAUGCGCUGUGCCUGGGCUCCCCGGACCCCCUGGAUAUCAUCCAGGAGACGCAAGCCCCCGUCUCCCAGCAGAGCUUGCAUUCCUUCUAUGAUCGAAUCAAGUUCCUGAUUGGCAAGGACAGCACUCAUGUCAUCCCAGGGGACAAUCCUUUUGAAGGCGGACAUGCAUGUGUGAUUCGAGGCCAGGUGAUGACAGCAGAUGGGACCCCUUUAGUUGGAGUCAACAUCAGCUUUGUCAACAAUCCUCUGUUUGGAUACACAAUCAGCAGACAAGAUGGCAGCUUUGAUCUUGUUACCAUUGGUGGAAUCUCCAUUAUCCUGCACUUUGAGCGGGCUCCUUUCAUCACCCAGGAGCACACGCUGUGGUUGCCGUGGGAUCGUUUCUUCGUGAUGGAAACCAUAGUCAUGAGGCACGAAGAGAAUGAGAUCCCAAGCUGUGACCUCAGUAACUUCGCCCGGCCCAACCCUGUGGUCUCUCCUUCUCCGCUCACUGCUUUUGCAACUUCCUGCUCAGAGAAAGGUCCUAUUGUUCCUGAAAUCCAGGCUCUACAAGAGGAGAUUAAUGUUUCCGGCAGUAAAAUAAAAGUGAGUUACCUGAGCAGUCGCACAGCUGGCUACAAAUCAGUGCUGCGGAUCAGCAUGACCCACCCCACCAUCCCCUUCAACCUCAUGAAAGUCCACCUCAUGGUCGCCGUCGAGGGACGCCUCUUCAGAAAGUGGUUUGCAGCAGCUCCAGACCUGUCCUACUAUUUCAUCUGGGACAAGACGGAUGUCUACAGCCAGAAGGUGUAUGGGCUCUCAGAAGCCUUCGUUUCAGUAGGUUAUGAGUAUGAAUCCUGUCCAGACUUAAUCCUGUGGGAGAAGAGGACAGCUGUGCUUCAGGGUUAUGAAAUUGAUGCUUCCAAACUUGGAGGAUGGUCCCUGGACAAACACCAUGCCCUCAACAUACAGAGUGGCAUCUUGCAUAAAGGAAACGGGGAAAACCAGUUCAUUUCCCAGCAGCCACCUGUAAUUGGAAGCAUUAUGGGCAAUGGCCGCAGACGGAGCAUUUCUUGUCCAAGCUGCAAUGGUCUGGCAGAUGGAAACAAACUCCUGGCUCCUGUUGCCCUAACAUGUGGGUCUGAUGGAAGUCUUUAUGUUGGAGAUUUCAACUACAUCCGAAGGAUCUUUCCCUCUGGCAAUGUCACCAACAUACUGGAGCUGAGAAAUAAAGAUUUCAGACAUAGCCACAGCCCAGCUCAUAAGUAUUACUUGACCACAGAUCCAAUCACUGGCUCCAUCUACCUCUCGGACACCAAUAGCCGACGUAUCUAUAAAAUCAAGUCAACCACAUCAGUGAAAGACAUUGUGAAGAACUCAGAGGUCUUGGCUGGAACUGGGGAUCAGUGCCUCCCAUUUGAUGAUACCCGCUGCGGAGAUGGAGGCAAAGGCACCGAUGCCACCCUUACAAAUCCCAGGGGCAUCACCGUGGACAAGUUUGGACUUAUUUACUUUGUGGAUGGCACCAUGAUCAGGCGGAUUGAUCAGAAUGGGAUCAUCUCCACUGUGUUGGGUUCCAAUGACUUGACAUCUGCUCGGCCUCUCAGCUGUGACUCUGUUAUGGACAUUUCUCAGGUUCGUCUAGAGUGGCCCACAGAUCUGGCAGUCAAUCCCAUGGAUAACUCACUCUACGUCCUCGACAACAACGUUGUGCUGCAGAUCUCUGAGAACCACCAGGUGCGCAUCGUGGCAGGGAGGCCCAUGCACUGCCAGGUGCCAGGCAUGGAUCACUUUCUCCUCAGCAAGGUGGCAAUCCAUGCCACACUGGAGUCUGCCACCGCCCUGGCCGUGUCCCAUAACGGGGUCCUGUACAUCGCUGAGACCGACGAGAAGAAGAUCAAUCGCAUCAGGCAGGUCACCACCAACGGGGAGAUCUCCCUGGUGGCCGGCGCCCCGAGCAGCUGCGACUGCAAGAACGAUGCCAACUGCGACUGCUUCUCGGGGGAUGACGGCUACGCCAAGGAUGCCAAGCUCAACGCGCCGUCCUCCCUGGCCGUGUGUGCAGAUGGGGAGCUGUACGUCGCCGAUCUGGGGAACAUCCGAAUCCGCUUCAUUCGGAAAAACAAACCGUUCCUCAACACACAAAAUCUGUAUGAGUUAUCCUCACCCAUAGACCAGGAACUCUACUUGUUUGACACCAGUGGGAAGCACCUUUAUACUCAGAGCCUUACCACUGGAGAUUAUCUUUACAAUUUUACUUAUUCUGGAGACGGAGAUAUAACCCUGAUCACUGACAAUAAUGGCAACUUAGUCAACAUCCGAAGAGAUUCCACAGGGAUGCCCCUCUGGCUGGUGGUGCCUGAUGGCCAAGUCUACUGGGUGACAAUUGGUACCAACAGUGCACUCAAGAGUGUAACAACACAGGGGCAUGAAGUAGCCAUGAUGACUUACCACGGCAACUCUGGUCUCCUUGCCACUAAAAGCAAUGAAAAUGGUUGGACAACAUUUUAUGAAUAUGACAGCUUUGGCCGCCUGACUAACGUGACCUUCCCUACUGGCCAAGUGAGCAGCUUCCGCAGCGACACCGACAGCUCCGUGCAUGUCCAGGUGGAAACCUCCAGCAAGGAUGAUGUUACAAUAACAACCAAUUUGUCAGCAUCGGGGGCCUUCUACACCCUGCUCCAAGACCAAGUCCGAAACAGCUACUACAUCGGUGCUGAUGGCUCCCUCAGACUGAUGCUGGCCAAUGGAAUGGAGGUGGCCCUGCAGACCGAGCCGCAUCUGCUGGCUGGCACCGUCAACCCCACGGUGGGGAAGAGGAAUGUCACCCUGCCCAUCGACAACGGCCUCAACCUCGUGGAGUGGAGGCAGAGGAAGGAGCAAGCGAGAGGGCAGGUCACCGUCUUCGGACGUCGGCUGAGGGUUCACAACAGAAACCUGCUGUCCCUUGACUUUGAUCGUGUGACAAGGACUGAGAAAAUCUAUGAUGACCACCGCAAGUUCACGCUCCGUAUCCUCUACGACCAGGCAGGGAGGCCCAGUCUCUGGUCACCCAGCAGCAGGCUGAACGGGGUCAAUGUCACCUAUUCCCCAGGAGGACACAUUGCAGGGAUUCAGAGGGGCACAAUGUCAGAAAGAAUGGAGUACGAUCAGUCUGGCAGAAUUACAUCCAGAAUCUUUGCUGAUGGCAAAUCGUGGAGCUACACUUACUUGGAGAAGUCCAUGGUGCUUCUCCUUCACAGCCAGAGGCAGUACAUCUUUGAGUUUGACAAGAAUGACCGGUUGUCCUCGGUGACCAUGCCCAACGUUGCCCGUCAGACUUUGGAAACCAUUCGUUCCAUUGGUUACUACAGGAACAUCUACCGGCCACCCGAAGGCAAUGCCUCAGUAAUUCAGGACUUCACAGAGGAUGAGCAGCUCCUCCACACUUUGUACUUGGGCACAGGCAGACGUGUCAUCUACAAGUAUGGGAAGCUGUCCAAGUUAGCCGAGAUGCUCUACGACACCACAAAGAUCAGUUUCACAUACGAUGAAACUGCAGGCAUGCUGAAGACCAUAAACUUGCAGAAUGAAGGGUUCACCUGCACAAUCAGGUACAGACAGAUAGGACCCCUCAUUGACCGACAGAUUUUCCGCUUCACUGAGGAGGGCAUGGUGAAUGCACGCUUUGACUACAACUAUGACAACAGCUUCCGGGUGACCAGCAUGCAAGCGGUCAUCAAUGAGACACCUUUGCCUAUCGAUCUCUACAGGUACGAUGAUGUGUCAGGCAAAACUGAGCAAUUCGGUAAAUUUGGGGUCAUCUACUACGAUAUCAACCAGAUUAUCACCACUGCUGUCAUGACCCACACUAAACAUUUUGAUGCCUAUGGCAGGAUGAAGGAGGUCCAGUAUGAGAUAUUCCGGUCUCUCAUGUACUGGAUGACUGUGCAGUACGACAACAUGGGGAGAGUGGUUAAGAAAGAGCUGAAGGUUGGCCCUUAUGCAAACACAACUCGUUACUCAUAUGAAUACGAUGCUGAUGGCCAGUUACAGACUGUCUCUAUCAAUGACAAACCUCUCUGGCGUUACAGCUAUGACCUAAAUGGAAACCUCCAUCUGUUGAGUCCAGGGAAUAGUGCCCGCCUUACUCCACUCAGGUAUGACCUCAGGGAUAGGAUUACUAGACUGGGGGAUGUGCAGUACAAAAUGGAUGAAGAUGGCUUCCUGAAGCAAAGGGGCAAUGAUAUUUUUGAGUACAAUUCAGCUGGCCUGCUCAUCAAAGCCUACAAUAAAGCAAGUGGGUGGAGUGUGAAGUACCGCUAUGAUGGCCUAGGAAGGAGAGUCUCCAGCAAAACCAGCCAUGGCCAUCACUUGCAGUUCUUCUAUGCAGAUCUGACCAACCCAACAAAGGUCACCCACUUGUACAACCACUCGAGCUCUGAGAUCACCUCCCUGUACUAUGACCUCCAAGGCCACCUCUUUGCAAUGGAGCUCAGCAGCGGUGAUGAAUUCUACAUAGCCUGCGAUAACAUUGGCACUCCUUUGGCUGUCUUCAGUGGGACUGGCUUAAUGAUCAAGCAGAUACUGUACACAGCAUAUGGGGAGAUCUAUAUGGACACUAAUCCCAACUUCCAGAUCAUCAUUGGCUACCAUGGAGGACUGUAUGACCCCCUCACAAAGCUUAUCCAUAUGGGGCGGAGAGACUACGAUGUGCUAGCAGGUCGCUGGACAAGUCCGGACCAUGAUAUGUGGAAGCAUCUGAGUAGCAAUAACAUAAUGCCUUUCAACCUGUAUAUGUUCAAAAACAACAACCCCAUUAGCAAUUCUCAGGAUAUCAAAUGUUACAUGACAGAUGUCAACAGUUGGCUGCUUACCUUUGGGUUCCAGCUGCACAAUGUCAUCCCCGGCUACCCCAAGCCAGACAUGGAUGCCAUGGAGCCAUCCUAUGAGUUAAUCCACACACAGAUGAAAACCCAGGAAUGGGACAAUAGCAAGUCCAUUUUGGGGGUUCAGUGUGAAGUGCAGAAGCAGCUGAAGGCUUUUGUCACCCUGGAGCGCUUUGAACAAAUCUACAGCUCCAGCAUUGCGGGCUGCCGGCACAUCAAGAAGAACAAGAACUUUGCUUCUGGAGGCUCCAUCUUUGGCAAGGGCGUCAAGUUUGCCAUGAAGGACGGGCGUGUGGCCACUGACAUCAUCAGCGUGGCCAACGAGGACGGGCGGAGGAUCGCGGCCAUCCUGAACAACGCCCACUACCUGGAGAACUUGCACUUCACCAUCGACGGGGUGGACACACACUAUUUCAUUAAGCAGGGGCCGUCAGAGGGUGACCUAUCCAUCCUGGGCCUCAGUGGCGGGCGGAGGACCCUGGAGAACGGCGUGAAUGUGACAGUGUCCCAGAUCAACACAGUGCUGAGUGGGAGGACUAGACGCUACACGGACAUCCAGCUCCAGUACGGUGCACUGUGUCUAAACACGCGCUACGGGACCACCUUGGACGAGGAGAAGGCACGCGUCCUGGAGCUGGCCCGACAGCGCGCCGUCACCCAAGCUUGGUCCCGGGAACAGCAGAGACUGCGGGAUGGGGAGGAGGGUAUUCGUUCGUGGACAGAAGGGGAGAAGCAACAAGUGCUAAACACGGGCCGGGUACAGGGCUACGAUGGCUAUUUUGUGAUCUCAGUGGAGCAGUACCCCGAACUCUCAGACAGCGCCAACAACAUCCACUUCAUGAGACAGAGCGAAAUGGGCAGAAGGGACAUAGCCUUCCACCUGGAACAGGGGGAGCCCAUGGCGUUCCAGAGAGCUCUUCCCAGAAAGAAAGGAGAAGGAAUACAACGCUGAUUCUGAUGCUCUGAAAGUGACCGUCCAAAUCAUGUGCCUCAAAAGGGACCUUACAAGUAGUUUUCACGUUUCACUUGGGACAUAAAGUGUUUCUUUGGGGGCUCCUGCUGAGCAGAAGUAGAUUAUAGAGGCAAAGGAGCUGAUUAUAUUACCUUGCAAGAUGAUUCUCUUCCUUCCUGAACUGGAAUAAAAGAAGAAAAAAAAUCGGUCUUUUUUCAUUAUGAGAGUAGAUACUUUUUGGGUUUUUUUGUGUGUGCGCAAAUCCUGGUCUUAGUUAAAUAACCUAGCAAAAGCCAAGAAAAGGGACUCCUGCUCUAUUGAGAAAAGCUAAAAUAAAUCCUCUCUCAUACAUAGAGCUGUUCUAUAGGUGGAUUUAAUGCACCCAUGUUGUACAUUUGCUAAUGGCAUAACUUCAUUAAAUGUAUAGUGUUUCAGUACAUGAGGCUAUGUGUUUAACAGUCCACUGUGCUGUAUCUGAUAAAACCAGUUAAUUUUUAGGAAGCUGAUUUGAAUUUAAAAGUAGUUAUAGUAUCCCAGUGACAUACCACUGAAAAUUAGAGCCAAACCCUGCUUUUCCUGAUUCUGGAGCUUGUAUUUAUUGGCUGGAAAAUGCAGUUUGGAGUAGCAUGCUGGCAAGUCAUUUAUGACUAUGGCAGAUAAAUGUCUCCUGGGGACUCUGGCAGCAGGGAUUUUAAAAUGUUUAAUAAGUAGUAACAGCUUGUGCGUGGUGGGACAAGAAGGAGAAUAUUGAAAUCAACCCUCUUACUGUUUCUUACAUGAGCUCAAAUUUAAUGGAGAGCCCACUUGACUGUUAGCAGUGAUGAGGGGGAGGUUGAAUGGAAAUGCCCACUACAGAGAGGACCAAGUGCUUUAAUAAGAAACUGCUGACAAAGUUGCUCGGCAUGCUAAUGUAAUUUUUAUUCACAUAACCUCUGUGCUCUGGUAUUUGCAAGAGUCCUUGAAAUUCAAGGGAGCAAGGAGAUGAGCUCAGCAUCCUCUUCCCCGCCUGAAACAGUCCUGUGCUGUUUCUGCAGGCAGAAGUGUUACCCCACCUCUCAGUGGAGCUCUGGCUGGAGGUGCCCAACCCUGGUCCAAGAUAGGUGUCUCUAUCACACUGAAACCUGUGUGUGUCCUGACUGUACUCUCUUGUGUCUCUCUGGGAACAGCUCAGUCCUGAUUUUUUUUUUUUUUAUUCCAUCCACUUUGGCUUUUCCCAGUUCUGCAGAGAGAUAACCCGAGAUGUGCAAGUCCAUGCCAAGGCUGUUUCCUUACUCAGAGCCCUACAAUGCACCUGUGUACUCAGAGGCAGCUCUUCUGCACUCAUGCCACCACCACUGCCAUCCUCCAGCACAGACUGACACCCCUCUGCAGGAUCUCAGCCCCAGAUACAGCAGGGGCGUGUGUUGGCCAUGCAGUCCUCGAGCAGCGAAACAGUGGCAGCCCCGGUGCUCUCACGGUUUCUCCGUGGAAGCCGGCUGCCAGCUCCGUCUGCCUUGCCUGUCUGUUCCCGGGUGCUUGCCAGGAGGAAGGUGAUGGGAUGGAAAUUCCCCUAACAGACUGUUCCUCCUCCAAUUCCAAAUCCCUAAUACCUUUGGCUGUGUGGCCAUGGCCAAUGGUAUGGGUUUGAUUUUCUGCUCAUCUCUCCUGCUUGCAGCAAGGGUGAGGAGGCUGAUGCUGUGUCCCACCGUUGUACUCUGAACCACUCCUUGCAGCACACAACCUUUAUUACUUUGGCAGGAGUGAACCACAGGCAGCUGGAAAGGGAAUCUAGUUCUGGCAGAGUCAGGUGGGAGAAGACGUGUUGGCCAGACCUGCUCCAGGCUUUGGCAAGGGAGCAGUUGCUUUGGCAGCUGCCUGCCAGGAAUGGUUAAAAGGCCAUGGCAUUGCCACCUGUAUAGCUGGUAGGAAGACCUUGGUAAGCCUAGGUUGCCCUGAGGAUGCACAGGUGGGGGUCAGGGGCAGUGUUAGCCAAACCAGCAGUAACCACCUAGUCAAAGGAAGCAGCACUUUCUUGGCAGUGCUGUCCAGGUCCCUGCUUCCCCCUCUCCAAGUCACACCAGGGACCAAUCCUUCUUAAAACCUCAAACUUGUGACAGCUGUGAGUGUCUCAAACAGCAUGAAUGGAAUGAAAAGAGACCUGCAGGAGGCAGGGUCAAAAGGUAUGAACCCUUGGUAGAAGACCCACAGAGCAGAGGGAGCUCAUUGUGCCUCCCAUUUACACUGCCCCAUUCCAAGCAGCUCCAAAGAAAAGUGGUGCUUCUGUAUCCAUCUGCGUCCAUGUGUUGCAAUGCUAAGAGGUGCAGUGCAAGAAUAAAUGGGCUGUUUUUCCAUGGAGUCAAGAAAAGAGAUUCGAGUGUAAAAUAUUCCUGCUGGAACCCUGCCAGCUUGAGAUGGCACCUCUACAGCCUUACGCAGACUCUUCAGGUUAUUACAUGAGCUAAUGACUUUGAGGAGUUCACCCGUUUUCCAAGAGUCUCCCAGUCCCGCCAUGUUUGUCCAGCAUGCCCAGAGCCAGGAGCCUGGAACUCUGUGGGCAAGACCCUUGUGUUGCAUUUUUCUGCAUCCUCAAGCAACACUGGGAUGUGACUGCACCUGUCUGCCUGCCAGGUCCAUGACAGUCUUCUCCUGGGCCUGCACCCAGUAUGGAAACUAUGGACAUUGUGUCAAAAAGGGGGAAAAAAUAUAUAUGUAAAAGUAUAUAUAUAUGUAUAUGUUGGUCCUUUCUAUCAAAACAAAAAUUUAAAAGGGAUGGCUGUCUAAUGCUGGGAACAAACCUGUUCAGACAGCUACUACAUUCCUGAAUCCUCAGCCUCUGUGAAAGCUUUCCACCUCACCUAAAUGGCAAAACAUUUUCAGUCCUGAAUCACUAAAUUCACCCAUUCAUUAGUGAAAAAUGCUUUUUCUACAGGAUCCCAAGUGCAUUUCCACUUUACUGAUGGCCCUUUUGCCUCCCCAUGGGACCAUUCUGGUUGCCUGACCCUUCUUGCUUUGCUUCUGUGCAGGCAUGAAGUAAUUUAUUGCUUCCAUAAGAGUGGAAGGUCCUGGGUACAAAUCCCAUAGCACUAACCCCCUGUCAUAAGAUCGGAGACUGGUUUGGGUUGGAAAGAACCUUAAAGAUCAUCCAGUUUCAACCCCCUGCCAUGGGCAGCAAUACUUUUCACUAGACCAGGUUGCUCAAAACCCUAUCCAAGUUGGCCUUGAACCCUUCCAGGAAUGGAAUAUGCACAGUUUCUCUGGGCAACCUGUGCCAGUGCCUCACCACCCUCACAGGAAAGAAUUUCUUCCCUAUACAUAAUCUACUCUCUCUGUUUGAAGCCAUGCCCUAUAGUCCUGUUACUCCAUGUCCCUGUCAAAGUCCCUCUCAGCUCUCUUGGAGCCCCUUAGGCACUGGAAGGGUCUCUAGGGGCUUCCCAGAAUCAACUCCAGUUGAGCAACCCCAGCUCUCUCAACCUGUCUCUGUAGCAGAGGUGCUCCAGCCCCCUGAGCAUCUUAGUGGCCUCCUCCAGACUUGCUCCAACAGCUCAACAUCUUUCUCGUGCUGGGGGCCCCAGAGCUGGAUGCAGCACUCCAGGUGGGAUCUGUUGGGGCAGAGCAGGGGGCAGAAUCUCCUCCCUCCCCCUGCUGCCCACGCUGCUGGUGAUGCAGCCCAGGGAACGUUUGGCUUUCUGAGCUGUGAGUGCUCACUGAUGGGCGAUAUUGAGCUUCUCACCCAACAACACCCCCAGAUUUUUCUCCCUAAGUGUGCAUUCCAUCCAUUGCCCAGCCUGUAUUUGUGCUUGAGAUUGCCCCAGCUGAACUUCAUGAGGUUCACACUGGCCCACCACUCUGCCCCACACUGGCUUUUCAAGGUCCCUCUGGAUGGCAACACUUCCCUCCAGCAUCUCAACAAUUGCUCUACAUGCUGUUUCAAAGGCCUAUUAAAAGACAUGGCAGACCAUCUCCCGGGGAAAAUGUCACUGUGCUUUAAGUCUCAUGUGCUUUAAGGUUUGAUUCUGAGAAGUCAUUUUUGUUCUUGACUCCCAAAAAGAGGACUCAGCCCUCACCAAAAGGAGGUCCCCAUCAAAAUGCUAAGGGUGUAACUUCACUUUGAACUCUGGUCUUGUCUCUGGUUCAAAGAGUGGUGAGAAGGAUCCUGACCAAAUCUCACAGCUCAGAGGAGAAAAUCCAGUGCUUUGGAGCAGAGGCUGCCUCUCUCAGUGAGAGCAAUAAGGAGCAACAGCUCAAGUCUUCAGUAGCUGGAGCUGGUACUGAAACAUGCUCCAUUUCAAGGGACGACAGUGAUGGGACCUACUUGGUGUGGCAUCCAAACAUAAGAAGUGCCACGAGGACUCUGCAGCUGAAAAACGUCCUGUGAACCCAGCCCAGGGGGAGAGGAGCAAGACUAAUUAGGCAUCAUGAGAAAUGCUGCAUUUGUUUCCUCUGAGAUCUUUAUUUUAUUUUAUUUUUUUCCCUUUCAACUGGCCAUUGGCACUUGGAAAAAUCAUUAAGCAGCAGUGACCGGAGGGAGUCACGCAGCUCAUCAUAUCUUUGUCAUCACAGCUAUUGAUCAGAGUCACAGUGAAAAUGGGCCAACAAUGCUAAACAACACCAGGCAAGAGCUGAUGAGAUGAAGGUCAUUAAGAGCCCAGUGCUUGAUUCAGGUUUAGAAGACACAGAUGACUGGGAGCAGUCCCUGAGACACCAUUUGGCCGUAACUUAGGAACAGUGAGGGAUUUCUGUAAUAUAUCUGUAGUUGCUUUAUUGAGCGUAGGGACCGGCAUGAAAUUCUGCUCAGUCUAUUAUACAGACAGUGUAACCAGAAUAAAUCAAAAUUGUUAAAAAAAAAAAAUCUAAUAAAGUACUUUUUCAGCUGUGACUUGUAAGUGUCACCGUGAUGGAUGGCAGCGCAAUCCAUUAUGCAAAGACAAGGCUCUUAACAUGAAAUUUUAGAAUUCAAUUUUACGAUUUACAGAGAGGGCCCCCCUCGUAUUUACGGCACAGCAGUCUGUUUUGAUUCAGCAUUGGCGUAAUUGAAACCAGGGCCAGGGAUCAUGGUUAGUCCUAUGGCUGCUUUUUAAAAGGGGAGGAGAAAUGACUGCCUAUAACAUUAAUAAUGGAGCUAGGGAGAUCGCUUUGCUUGUUAAAUCUUGCUCACUUUAUCUCCUCACCCUGGUGGCACUGCCAGACCUGGUGAAUAUGAACACUGUGCCUCCAUGCCAGGAUGCAUUUGUUGGGAUAAAAUCUGGCUGCCAUGUGGCCAGCAGCAUCGUCCAUCCCACGGUGAGCAUGGCCUGGGGCAUUUUUGCUCCUGUUGCUACAGUCCUCCACAGGACAAGCUAGUUUUUUCAGUACCUCUUUUUAUUAUAAUCACUCAUUUUAUUAUGAUCACUAAAUAGUCCCCCGUUACACCAAAGAAUUUUCAUGAGUUUUGUAAAAUAAAAAAAUAACCCAAAGCCUUCUUGUGUUUGCUUUUUGUUUGUUUGUUUUGGGUAGUUUUUUUUUCAUCUCUUGAAUAUAUUUAAAUAAAAUUACUUGCGACUGUAGAGCAAACUUCAGACACCUCGGGGGCAUGGAGGGCCCUGUCCAGGACCCCCUUCUCACUGCUGGAUGAAGGGCCAUUGCAUGUCCUGGGGGACAUUUCCUGGGGCAGUUUUCCAUCCUCUGCCACCCCAAUCAAAAACAACUCAGCCCACCCUAGGGAAAUCUCCUGUGUUUCUUUUGUACUCUCCUUUAAUUACCAUAAAACUUUGUGUUCCUGGCCAAGUGUUACAUAGCUCAGCUGUUAACUCCCAUUCCAGAGGUCGGUGCUUUCUGGGGAGCAUAGAAGACGACAAAUGAAAAUUAACUAAAAAAAAUAUAUACAUAUAUAUAUAUAUAUAUAUAAAUUUUUUUCCUUAGAGAUGGAAACUGUUCAAGCAAACACUAAAACUUUCAAAAAAGAAAAAUAAAGUGUUUGGACAGUUCGUAGAUAUUGUUGAAAUAACCAAUCAAAGAAUCACACUUUUCUAUUAAAAAAUAAAAAUGUUUAUUUUGUGAGAGGACUUCUAAUGCAGCUCCGGCCGAGAAGAGGACUUUGUAUCAAAGCUGCAUCUGUAAGCCCAGCACUGAAGACUCUUGUCAUUACCCUGUGUAAUAAUUUUCCUGAAGUCUGGAACUAAUUUUUUGAGAAAUUUUUUUUUCUCGAUACUUUGUGUUUCUAAUACUGUAUUCUUGACUGUGUAAAUACAACCAGGCUGUAAAUAAGUGCAGAUGUAGAUACCUUCUAGAAAAAAAAACACCAAGCAAACAGACAGAAAUGACCAUGUGUAGCCUUCAGUGACAAAUAAAAGAAUAUUUUGUGUUUAAAUAGUG